GACUCGCGCCGCGCGGCGUAGUACCGCUUUAGCGGCAGGGACAAAUUUGCCACACUCAGCAGCACUAUUUCAUUUUCACAACCGCGCGCUGCAUCAUUUGAGCGCGCGCCCUCGCAUUUGGCAUCGCAGUAGAGCCCUGCUCGACCGCCGCGGCGACGCGCGGAAGCACACCAAACCAUGGACCCCACGCCCCCCGACGCCUACGCCGGCGCCCAACUACGGGACGGCGAGGUGAGCACGGGCACGACGAUCAUGGCCGUGAGCUACGCCGGCGGCGUCGUCAUGGGCGCCGACUCUCGAGUCAGCACCGGUACGUACAUCGCGAACCGCGUCUCGGACAAGGUCAGCGCGUUGCACGACAAGAUCUUCAUGUGUAGAAGCGGCAGCGCGGCGGACACGCAAGCGGUCUCUGAUUACGUGCGACACUACCUCGCGUCGCACGCGAUCGAGGUCGGAGCCCCGCCACUCGUAAAGACAGCAGCUUCAUUAGCGAAGCGUAUUUGUUAUACGAACAAGGAGCAGCUGCUCGCCGGCGUCAUCGUCGCGGGCUACGACGAGGUCGACGGUGGGUCCGUGUACGUCAUUCCCCUCGGCGGGACGUGCCUCAAGGCGCCCUUCGCCAUCGGCGGGUCCGGCAGCACGUACAUCUACGGCCACGUCGACCACGAGUUCAAGCCGGGCAUGUCGCUCGCCGAGUGCAAGGCGUUCGUCGCCGAGGCGAUCAAGCGCGCGAUGGCGCGGGACGGCUCCUCGGGCGGCAUCGUGCGCCUCGUCUGCAUCAACGCCGAGGGCGUCGAGCGCGAGUACCUGACGGUCUAGCGCCCUUGCUUUUAUGACGUAACGUAGUAGUAUAUCUUUGCGUCGGCG